AUGCCGGCCGACUACGUGUCUGCAGCGCGAGCUCUCUCCCUCUCGCCGAAUCCCCCCUCCUCGCCCUCCGAAGCCCACGCCGACGUCCGCCCGCCAUGGAUUCGCAACAUUGGUGGCACAUCGGGCCGCCGCUUGUCUGCAAACCGUUUCGGCAGCCGGCCUUCGCAAUCGCGGCGGACAACAGCCCUCUCGGGCCUGAACCGCGCCGCCGUCUCCGCGGUCAAGGCCGGCAACCGUCUGUGGGGCAUGUAUCUCGCCCUAAGCCCCGUCCAGCGCGUCGCCGUCGCCGCCUGCCUGCUCGCCCUCAACGUCCUCAUCAUCGUUCUCCUCGUCUACUCGCACGCAAUCUUCCAGUGGCUCGGCCCCGUCUCGGAAAAAUGGCGCGCGCUCCCGGGUGGCUGGCUCAUCAUCUGGGCCUUCACGUUCCUGACGGCCUUCCCGCCCAUGAUCGGCUACAGCAGCGCCAUUACCAUUUCGGGCUUCGUGUACGGGUUCCCGCUGGGCUACCCCAUCGUCGCGACGGCCACCGUGGCGGGGAGCUUGACAGCUUUUUAUACGAGCAGGGGCAUCUUUAGUGGAUAUGUGCAUCGGCUGGUCGGGCAGGACCAUCGUUUCAUUGCAUUGGGCCAGGUGUUGAGGAAGGAUGGGCUAGGGAUGUUGACGGCAGUGCGGUUCUGUCCGCUGCCGUAUAGCUUGUCGAAUGGAUUCCUGUCCACAAUCCCGACCAUCAAGCCUUGGGUGUUUGCCGCCUCGACAGCACUUGCCAGCCCCAAGCUGCUCGUCCAUGUCUUCAUCGGCAGCCGCCUCGCGCUCAUCGCCGAAAAGGGCGAUGAGAUGACGGCCGGCGGCAAGGCCAUCAACUACAUCUCCAUGGUCUUCGGCGGCGUCGUCGGCCUUGCCGUCGGUUGGGUCAUCUACCAACGCACCAUGGCCCGCGCCGCCGAGCUGGCCCUCGAGGAGGCCGAGGAGAGCGGUCUCGUGCCUGGCCGCGACAACGCGCCCGACUACUCGGACGUCGAGGCCGGCCUCGUCGACCCGGAGGACGUGGCGGCGCUCAUGGACGAAGACGACAUCUCGCUUUGGGCGCGCGAGGCGGACGAGGAGGGAGGGUAUCGUGACUAUGAUGACACUAAUGAGCAGCAGCAUGAGGCCACUGACGACACUACGAGGACAACCCAAAAGGGGGCCGCGGAGACGUUUCACGACGAAUACGAUGGUAACGGGAACGGGUUCAAGGAUUCGGACUAG